UAAGAACGGGUAAAGAAAAGAUUUUUUAAGCGGAAUUAAAAUUUUAAAUUGAAAAUAAAAUUUGUUAGCAAUGAAUUACAUACAAUUUGCAAUCGAUACAAUUUUAGAAUAUCAAUAUUUGAUCGUAACAUUUGUUGGAUUAUUUAUAAUAUGGCAAUUAAUAAAAUUAUUACCAGCAUAUAAAGAAUUUAUGGAAAUUUAUAGAUUUUCAAAAACAGUUCCAGGACCAACAGUACGUGAAUUCUUAAAGAAUGCUAAAAGAGAACGUGUACUACCUUGGAUUGAAGAAUUAAGGAAAGAACAUGGUCGUAUGUUUGGUAUAUGGUUUGGUACACAUUAUACAGUUUUUUUAACUGAUCCAGAUUUAGUUCGACAACUUUUAAGUAAUAAUCAUUUAUUAUAUAAAUCACAUAAUUAUGAAAUAACAAGACCCUGGCUUGGUAAUGGUCUCCUAACAAAUGGUGGUCCAACAUGGCAUCAAAGAAGAAAAAUGUUAACACCAGCAUUUCAUUUUAAAAUUUUAAGUUUAUUUAAACAACCAAUGGAAGAUAAUUGUGAUAUAUUAAUUAGAAAAUUAAAUGAAAAAGCAAUAACUGGAGAAGAAUUUGAUGUUUAUCCAUAUAUAACACUAUUUGCAAUGGAUGUAAUAUGUGAGACAGCAAUGGGAAUAAAAAAACAUGCACAAAUGAAUUCUGAUUCAGAAUAUGUUAAAGCUGUUCAGAUGGUGUGUCGUGCACUACAUAAACAAUCAUUCAGUUUUUGGUAUCGGUUUUCAUUUAUAUUUAAUCGGAGCGAAGUACGCCAAGAGCGCGAUAAAGCUUUAGAAAUUUUACAUAAAGAAACACGUCAAACAAUUGCUGUUCGUAGAAAACUCUUAGAAAAAGAACAUAUAUUAAAUGGAACCAAUGGAACAGUACCAAACGGAAAUUCGACAGAAGAUACCUUAGGAGUUAAAAGGCGUAUGGCAUUUUUAGAUAUGCUUUUAAUAUCACAAAAAGAAGGAAUGCCAAUUAAUGAUGAAGAAAUUCGUGAAGAAGUUGAUACAUUCAUGUUUGAGGGCCAUGAUACAACUAGUUCAGCAAUUGCUUUUACAUUAUAUUUAUUAUCAUUACAUUCUGAUGUACAACAGAAAGUUUAUGAAGAAAUUCAAAAUUUCGAGGGACGAGAAAAUGAAACAAUGAAAUAUCUUGAAGCUGUUCUUAAAGAAUCAAUGCGUUUAUAUCCACCUGUACCAUUUUUCAGUAGAAUAGUACAUGAUAAAUUUAUUUUAGAUAAUAUUAUUGAAAUUCCAAAAGGUGUUACUGUUAGUAGUAAUGCAUUUUUAGUACAUCGUAAUCCAAAAUAUUUCCCAGAUCCAUAUAAAUUUGAUCCGGAACGAUUUUUAAAUACAGAAAAAGAAAUGCAUCCAUAUGCUUUUGUGGCAUUUAGUGCUGGUCCUAGAAAUUGUAUUGGUCAAAAAUUUGCCAUGUUAGAAUUGAAAUGUACGAUAUCAAAACUUGUACGAGAAUUUGAAAUUUUACCAGCAAAAGACUCAAAACCAAUAUUAUUGGCUGAAUUAAUAAUGAAAAGUGAUAAUGGAAUUAGAAUUAGAUUAAAAAAGAGAUAAAUUUUAGAAUUUUAAAAUUUAAAAAAAAAAUCUUUUCCUUAUAUUAAAAAUUUAAUA